UUUAGGUCCCUCCAAAAACUCUUCAUCCAGCUCAAGAGCCACCAUAACAAAAUAAAACACUAUCACCCUCACCAUUACUCUCUCUUAGCAACUCUCUAAUAAAACCUCAAAUUUUCCCUCUUAGCUCUCUUUAAUUUAUCAAAAUUCUCUUGAAGAAAUGGAUUAUUGGUCUCCUUCUGUUGCCAUGGAUGAUGAGUUUGAAAAGCUUGUAAUUCGGAUGAACCCUCCUAGGGUUACCAUUGACAACUCUACCAGCAGAAAAGCUACUUUGAUUAAGGUUGAUAGUGCAAACAAGAGAGGUAGCUUGUUAGAGGUUGUUCAGGUUUUGACUGAUUUGGAUCUUAUAAUUCGUCGAGCUUACAUUUCUUCUGAUGGAGAAUGGUUCAUGGAUGUGUUUCAUGUCACUGAUCAAUUUGGGAAUAAGCUAUCUGAGGAUGAUGUGGCUGAACGAAUUCAACAGUCACUGGGACCAAGAGCACGCAGCUUUCGGUCCUUGAGACGGUCUGUAGGUGUCCAACCAGCCGCAGAGAACACAACUAUUGAAUUGACUGGAAGAGACCGGCCCGGCUUGCUUUCAGAAGUCUUUGCAGUUCUAACUGACAUGAAAUGUAACGUGGUGGCUGCAGAAGUCUGGACCCACAAUUCACGGAUGGCGUCUGUAGUUUACAUUACUGAUGAAGUUACUGGUUCACCUAUCGAUGAUCCUGAUAGGCUAACUAAGAUCAAACAACUUCUCCUAUAUGUUCUGAAGGGGGAUAGAGAUAAAAGAAGUGCUAAUACUGCUGUGUCGGUGGGUUCCACGCAUAAGGAAAGAAGGUUGCACCAGAUGAUGUAUGCUGAUCGUGACUACGAUAUGGAUGACGGAAAAGGUGGGUCAUUAAGUGAACGGAGUAAACCUCUUGUAACUGUAGAAAGUUGUGCUGAUAAAGGAUAUACUGUUGUGAACUUGAGGUGCCCUGACCGCCCUAAGUUGCUUUUCGAUACUGUGUGCACAUUAACCGACAUGCAAUAUGUUGUAUAUCAUGCAACGAUUAUAGCUGAAGAGCCAGAAGCUUAUCAGGAAUACUAUAUCAGGCAUAUGGACGGGUCUCCUAUUAGUUCUGAAGCGGAGAGGCAAAGGGUAAUCAAUUGCUUGGAAGCAGCUAUUAGACGGAGAAUUCCCGAGGGCGUAAGACUAGAACUUUGCAGCGAAGACAGGGUAGGCCUAUUGUCGGAAGUAACUCGCAUUUUUAGGGAAAAUGGUCUCUCGGUCACACGUGCUGAGGUGACAACCAGAGGAUCACAGGCUGUGAAUGCUUUCUACGUAGUCGAUGCAUCAGGAAAUCCGGUAAAGAGCGAAACAAUUGAAGCAGUGAGGAAAGAGAUCGGCAUGACCAUACUCCGAGUGAAGGAUGAAGCUAACACAAUCCCAGCACCGGAGGAACGCGGGAGAUUCUCGUUGGGCAAUAUCUUCCGUUCUCGAUCUGAGAAGUUCUUGUAUAACUUGGGUUUAAUAAAGUCAUAUUCUUGAACAUCUCGAUUAGCUAAAUUAGGGUCUGGUCAGUGUCUGUAAAUGUUGGUGUAGCUUAGGUUUAGGUCAAUCGUUGUUGAUCUUUGGUUCAUUCCUGAGACUUGCAGCAAAUCUCAACUUGUAAAUUUUCUUGUGAAUAUAUUUUCAGCUUCAUGGGGUCUCAAA